CAAAGGUUUCAAAUGGCACUGAUCCACCACAACCCCUCUUACAAGCUUCUACAUCAAGCUCCCUCACCCACAUUAAUCCAUCACACACCACACUAUGCUUCAGAUUCUGCUUCUGCUUCUGCUUCUGCUUUACCCAUCAUUCUCCUCACCAUCUUUUUCACUGCUAUCACACUCAUCACCUACUUAACUCUUGUCGCCAAAUGCUGCUCAAACUGGCAUCCAUUCAGAUGGAUCUUAACCCUACGAGCUCCACAGCAUGAGGUUCAAGACCCCUUCAUUGCACUCUCUCCCAUCAUGUGGAACCAUGGACUCGAUGAAUCUUCCAUCAGAGAAAUUCCAACAUUUCAAUUCACUAAAGGAGAGGUUGAGAACAUUAAUCAAAGUGUCUGUGGCUGUGUGGUUUGUUUGAAUGAGUUUCAAGAACAUGACAUGCUAAAAGUUUUGCCAAAAUGCAAACACGCCUUUCACUUGCAUUGCAUUGAUGUUUGGCUUCAAACCAAUGCUAAAUGCCCUCUUUGUAGAUCAACCAUUGUUUCAGGCAACAAACACUGUCCACAGGAUCAUGUCAUAGCAGCUCCUAGCUCUUCUCCUCAGGAUUCUCAACUGCUCUCUUGCAUGGACAGUAAUGAAGAUUUUGUGGUCAUUGAACUUGGGGGAGAACAUGGGACAACACUGCCUCGGAUGCACCAAGAAAAAAGUGGCUCAAGGGAAAGAAUAGGAGAGAGAAGAAGUCACUAUACAAGAAAGUGUCACCAUUCUUCCAUCAUGGGAGAUGAGUGUAUUGAUGUUAGGAAGAAAGAUGAGCAGUUUUCUGUUCAGCCUAUUCGAAGAUCUUUCUCCAUGGAUUCAGCAAAUGAUAGGCAAGUUUACUUGGAUUUUCAAUCCAUAAUACACCAGAAUAAUAGGUCUUAGAAUGUGAGUUUCAAAACCGUAGUUCUUUUAGGAGGAUGAGGUUUAAUAUGUAUUUUUUUUUUUCCUUUAAUGAACUUCCCUCCCUUGUUCUCUUUGUAGUUUUGUUGGUGACAUCUUUAAAUUUGAGUAUGCACAGUGAGGACUGACACUAUAUAGAGUGAGUUUGACACUCU